AUGGAAUCCUUGUGUUUGAAAUGGAGAUUUUCGUCAUCCUACACUACUGCUGCUUAUUCAAGGAUUCUAAUAUUAUGCAUGAUUACAACCACCACCAUUUGGUUUUCCAUAAAAAUCGCAGCCUUGGGAAAUGACACUGACUUGGAAGCUUUGCUGGAAUUCAAGAGCAGCAUAUCAGUUGAUCCAUUCGGAACAAUGGCUGCUUGGAAUGACUCUGCUCAUCACUGCAAUUGGGAAGGCCUAACUUGCGGUCAUUCCAAUCAAAGAGUCACCAGGAUCUACUUUCAUUCCCGCCAGUUAGUUGGCUUCUUGCCACCAUCCAUUGGGAACCUUACUUAUCUAACAGGUAUCAACCUCGGAAACAACAGCUUCCGAGGUGUGAUCCCUCCAGAAAUCGGCCGCUUACGAUUCCUGCAGCAUCUCAACCUCACUUCCAACUCCUUCACCGGACAAAUUCCCUCCAACUUGACUCACUGUACACGACUUACGGCGCUUGAUUUGGAAGCCAAUCAGCUCGUUGGACCGAUUCCUGAUCCUCUAAGUUCCCUAUCAAAGCUGUUGUUCUUAGACCUCAGCCGCAACUCCCUCACCGGUGGCCUUCCUGCUUGGAUAGGGAACUUUACAUCUUUACGGGUUUUUAGAGUGAUCCUGAAUGGUUUCCAGGGGAGCAUUCCUCCUGAACUUGGCAGCCUCUCAAGCUUGGAGAUGUUUGCGGUGUACGGAAAUCAGCUCUCUGGUAGGGUUCCUAUGUCAAUCUACAAUUUGUCCAACAUUUACUGUUUUUCCAUCACUCAGAACCGGUUACAUGGAGAACUCCCACAGGAUGUAGGCCUUACCCUCCUUAGUCUCGAGAUAUUUGCUGGUGGGUUGAAUAACUUCACUGGGAAAAUCCCUGUUUCUUUAUCAAAUGUUUCCAAGCUUGCCAUCCUGGAUUUCGCUCAAAAUGGUCUCACCGGAACUAUUCCUUUGGGGUUGGGAAAGUUGCAAAGUUUAUACAGGAUCAACUUUGAUGACAACAAGCUUGGAAAUGGGAAUGGGACUGGGAAUGGUUUGGAAAUCAUUUCUUCCUUAGCAAACUGUACAAAUCUGCACGUUUUGGGAAUGAGAAGGAGUUUUUUUGGUGGGGAACUCCCAAGUUCAGUAGCAAACCUUUCUGAAAAUCUCAAUAUUCUCUCAUUGGGUUAUAGUUUCUUAAUUGGGAACCUUCCUGAUGGAAUUGGAAACCUUGUAAGUUUAAAAGCUUUAGGUUUGGAAGGGAAUUUCUUCAGCGGCAAGAUCCCUGAUACAAUUGGUAACCUUAAAUCUCUAGAGCGAUUAACUCUCAAUUACAACAAUUUUUCGGGGUUGGUUCCAUCUUCCAUUGGUAACUUAACAUCCUUAGUCGGUCUUUUCAUGGAAGAGAAUAGACUAGAAGGACCCAUUCCAGCCGAGCUUGGAAAUCUGAGAAGAUUGCAGGUGCUAAAUCUUACUGGGAAUAGAUUUAUUGGCGCCUUACACGGGAAGGCUAUAUCAGGUCUAUCUUCUCUUUCCAUUUCUCUGUCCAUUUCUCAGAAUUUGCUUACUGGCUCAUUGCCUCUUGAGCUUGGAACAUUGGAGAAUUUGAAUGAGUUGGAUUUAUCAAUGAAUAAUUUAUCAGGUACCAUUCCAAGCACCCUCAGCAACUGUCACAAGUUAGAGCGGCUUAAUUUGAGUCGCAAUUCGCUUCAUGGAACGAUCCCUGAAUCUUUGAAAAAUUUAAAAGCUGUAGCAUAUAUUGAUUUAUCUCACAAUAAGUUGUCAGCAGAAAUUCCAUCUUUCUUAACAAAGCUCUCAUCACUUAGAAAACUCAAUCUCUCUUUUAACAAUUUUGUUGGUGAAGUGCCAACUAAUGGAAUUUUUGCAAAUGCAAGUGCAAUAUCCUUAGUCGGGAAUGAUAAAUUGUGUGGAGGCAUUCCGAACCUGAAUUUGUCAAAAUGCCCGAAACCUAAUAAUCAUGGAAAGCCUAAAUAUCUCCAACUUCAAGUGCUGAUCCCUGUCAUUGUUUCUAUUGUUAUUCUUGCUGUGUUACUUUCCGCUCUUGCUUCUUAUUUAAUUGUAAAACGCUCGAGCAAACCACCAUCAACUGCAUCAUCUAACAAAGAAUGGCUGCUGAGAAUUUCAUAUCAAGAAUUAUUUAGGUCAACAAAUGGAUUCUCAGAGGAAAACUUCAUUGGUUCGGGUAGUUUUGGCUGUGUAUAUAAAGGAAUUCUUGAUGUGGAUGGUACAACUGUGGCAGUGAAAAUAUUAAAUCUCCAACAGAAAGGGGCGUUGAAGAGCUUCAUGGAUGAAUGUAAAGUUUUGAGGAACACCAAGCACCGCAAUUUGCUCAAUGUCGUAACUGCUUGCUCAAGCACUGAUCUUCAAGGUAAUGACUUCAAAUGCAUAGUCUUUGAGUACAUGAGAAAUGGAAACCUAGACCAAUGGUUGCAUCCCGGAAACAACAACAAUGCACAUCCUACAACCGGUUUGGACAUCGCCCAACGACUGAACAUAGCUGUAGAUAUCGCUGCCGCUCUAGAUUACCUCCACAACCAUUGCGAAAAAACUAUAGUUCACUCUGACCUAAAACCAAGCAAUAUACUUCUUGAUGAAGACAUGACAGCCCAUGUAGGUGACUUUGGAUUGGCAACUUUCCUCCUUGAUGCCUCGACCGGGAAGCAUAGCAUAUCAGCUGGCCUUAAAGGCUCCAUUGGCUAUAUCCCUCCAGAGUACGGCUCGGGCAGCCCUGUGUCUACAUCUGGAGAUGUUUAUAGCUAUGGGAUACUGCUGCUAGAAUUGUUCACAGGUAAAAGACCAACACACGAACUAUUCAAAGAUGGUCUGAAUAUCCAUGAUGUGGUUGCAAAUGCUUUACCUGGAGGUGUUAUGGAGAUAGUAGACCCUUCAAUACACAGAGUCUUGAUAGAAGGAAGACAGAUCAAAUAUGGAAGGGAAUCACACAUGGAAGACUGCUUGGUUUCAGUGUUGAGAGUUGGACUGGCGUGUUCCAAUUCAUUUCCUGCAGAUAGGAUGCAUAUGAGCCUGGUUGUGAACCAAUUAAAGCAGAUUAGGAAUAGAAUGAUUGUAAAAGAGUUCUGGAAUAGUCGAAAUUGCAAGAUUUGUUCUUGUUUCUCUUUCUUUAUGCUCCUCCUCCUCCUUUCCUGUAUUCUUUCUCCAUCUUUGACCUCUGCUUUUUCUCUGGUUCAAAGAAGUAAUGACACCGACAAAGAAGCCUUAUUAGCCAUCAAAUCCCAAAUGAUUCAAGACCCUCAAGGAAUCAUUACUCAUUCAUGGAAUGAUUCGGUCCAUUUCUGCAAAUGGGUUGGCGUCACCUGUGGCCAUUUACAUCAAAGAGUCACAAACUUGAAUCUUUCCUCACUUGGUUUGGUGGGUUCUUUGUCACCUCAUGUUGGAAACUUAACCUUCUUAUCUGGAAUUAAUCUUGAACUCAAUAGCUUCCGCGGUCCAAUUCCAUCAGAAAUUGGCAAUUUGUUUAGGCUCAGGCACCUGAACCUGACUAACAAUUCAUUCUCUGGAGAAUUGCCACCCCAACUUUCUAAUUGCUCUAAUCUUGUUCUUCUUCGUUUAGGCUGGAACAGUUUAACUGGAAAGGUUCCAUUUCAGCUUGGUUCACUCCCAAAGCUUGAAAGACUUCAUCUGCAUUACAACAACUUCAUAGGUUCUAUCCCUGAAACUUUUGGGAAUCUUUCUUCUAUAAAAACUCUUUCUUUGGCAGGUAAUCAUUUCCAAGGAACCAUUCCUGAAUCCCUUGGCAAGUUAAGCUCCCUCCUUUUUCUUGGUUUAGGAGUGAACCAAUUGUCUGGUGUAAUUCCUCCUUCCAUUUUCAACAUUUCUUCUCUUGUAACAUUCACUUUGCCUUUUAAUGAAUUUCAUGGAGAACUACCAUCAAACAUCGGCGUCACCCUUCCUAAUUUGCGAGUACUUAAUGUUGGCAACAAUUUGUUUACUGGUCCACUUCCAAUCUCACUGUCCAAUGCCUCCAAUCUUGCAGAGUUUGAUAUAACUCAGUCUCAUUUUGGGGGGAAAGUUUCCAUUGAUUUUAAGGGCUUGCCUAAUUUAUCGUGGCUUGUUCUUGCUUCCAAUCCUCUACUAUAUGACCUGAGUUUCUUGAAUUCCCUUGCUAAUUGUCAGAAUUUAGUAAUGUUGGAUCUGAGUGAUUGUCAAUUUGAAGGGCCGUUGCCUGACUCCGUUGCUAACUUAUCGACUCAACUUUUGACAUUAAGAUUAGGAGGUAACAAUCUGUCCGGAAACAUCCCACCAGGAAUUCAGAAUCUAGUAAAUUUGACUGAACUGCAAUUACAAAAAAAUAUGCUAACUGGAAAUAUCCCUGUAUUCAUUGGUAACCUGGGAAUGCUUAGGUUGUUGGAUUUGUCUGAGAAUCGACUCUCGGGAGAUAUUCCUUCAUCUCUUUCUCAAUCAACUCGAUUGUACACUGUACAUCUCCAAAAGAAUAACUUAGCCGGGGUCAUUCCUGUGAGUUUUGGGAACUUGAAAUAUUUGCAAGAAUUGGAUCUUUCUCAGAAUCAUCUUAGUGGAAGAAUACCUGAACAGCUGAUGAGUCUCCCUUCUCUCACAAUUUCUCUGAAUCUAUCUCAGAACCAGUUUUCUGGUCCCUUACCUUUGAUAGAGUUAAAGAAUCUGGGCCAUUUGGAUUUGUCUGAAAAUAUGUUAUCGGGUGAAAUUCCAAGCUCCAUCGCCCAAUGCAUUACUCUGGAGACCCUUAUAUUGAAGGGCAACUUUCUUGAAGGUGCUAUACCUCAAUCUCUAAGUUCUUUGAGAGGUCUUCAAAACUUUGAUCUUUCUCAUAACAAUUUUUCCGGCCAAAUUCCAAAGUUUCUCCAGGGAAUUUCCUUUCAGCAUUUGGAUUUGUCUUUCAACCAAUUCAGUGGUGAAGUACCAACUGAGGGGGUGUUCCAAAAUGCACAAGCAAUCUCUCUUUCUGGUAAUGUUAAGCUUUGUGGAGGAAUACCAGAAUUGCAUCUUCCACCAUGCCAGCAGAAGAAGAGAAGAACCCAUCUUGGCCUUAAACUGAUGAUCCCUUUACUUUCCGGGCUUGUAGGAUUAGUUAUGUUGAUGUCCUUCCUCAUUGUUUGUCGUUUGAGAAUGACUAAAAAUGGAGAGCCUGUUUCUGCAUCAUCAUCACCUAGGAUGAUACUGCUUUCUAAAGUUUCUUAUAAAGAUUUAUUUGAAGCAACUGAUGGUUUUUCUUCAUCCAAUUUGAUUGGAGCUGGCAGCUUUGGCUCAGUGUACAGAGGAGUACUUCAGAACCGGGAUGAUGAAGAAGUUAUUGCUGUGAAGGUUUUUCAUCUCCAUCAUCGAGGGGCUUUCAAGAGUUUCAAGGCCGAAUGUGCAGCAUUGAGGGAUAUUCGGCAUCGAAAUCUUGUCAAAAUCUACACCGCAUGCUCUUCUGUUGACUAUGAAGGGAAUGAUUUUAAAGCUUUAGUGUAUGAAUUUAUGCCUAAGGGUAGCUUAGAGAGCUGGCUGCAUCCCCCUCCUGAUGAACUAGAUGAGGAUACAAAUCCAAGGAUUUUAGGCCUUCUGGAAAGAAUAAACAUUGCUAUAGAUGUGGCUUCUGCACUCGAUUAUCUUCACAACAAUAGCCCCAAACCGAUUGUUCAUUGUGACCUGAAACCAGCUAACAUUCUUCUUGAUGCAUACUUGACUGCCCGUGUGAGUGAUUUUGGAUUGGCAAAGUUUAUUCCGGAGUUGGCAAACAAAUCUCAUCCCAAUCAAAGCAGUUCGAUUGGAAUGAGGGGGACAGUAGGAUAUGUUGCACCAGAGUAUGGCAUGGGUGGAAAGGCCUCUACAUUUGGUGAUGUGUAUAGUUUUGGUAUAAUCUUACUAGAAAUGUUGAGUUGUAAGAGGCCAACAGAUAGCAUGUUUGAUGAUGACCCAAUAAUUCUUCCAUGUGCUGGUGACGAUGAGGAAGAGGAGAAAGCCAUAGGACAAAGUAAAUUAGAUCAAAUGCGAGAAUGCAUUAUUUCUCUUCUUCGGAUUGGAAUAGCUUGUUCUGUGGACUCGCCGAAAGAGCGAAUGGAUAUCGGUGAUGUCAUUAAAGAAUUGCAGCUGAUAAAAGCCAUUAUUCUUGCUUCUGAACCCAAUUGCAGUUCAACUAGCGGGAGCCUCAGGUUCAAUGGAUCCUCCAGCAGAUCAGCAACUACUAGUUGGCAAAACGUUGUAGUGUAA